UCCCAACUACCCCUCAUGUAGGACUGAGAAAAAGUAAUGUUGCCGACAACUAGAGAAGAAGUGGGUAAUGAGUGGGUGGCAGCUAAUUAAGUCUAUCAGAAAAGUCUUCCGUCGUCUUCCAAUUAUUGCACUUCCAAUCCAAUGAGCUACACAUCUGUAUAAUUGCUAGUGUUGAUAUUAUCGCUUCUAUUUCUGCUGAUUAAGCUUCAAUUCUUCACCCAAACAUUACAUUACAUUACAUUACUAAGGGAAUUGAAGAAUGGCUUGUGUUGCUGUAAAUUCUCUUGUGAGGACGAUUGAGCUUGAGUUGUUGCAACCUCUGCCUCGCCCAAUCGUACGACAAAAGCAACUCAUCCCUGCCAAUAAAAACUUGAUCCAAAACCUCCACCAGAAACUUGGUGAUCUGAUAGAGCUGUUCGAUGAGAACAGGAUGGAUGGUAUCCAAGCUAUUAAAGACUUGGAAACUAAGCUCAGAGACGUGGCUUUCAGAGUAGAAGAUGAAAUUGAAUUCCAAAUCGUACAUCUUUAUGAGAUAGAGGAAAUGGAAGAGUUACUUGCAGGAAUAGCAGGUCUUUUUUUGGAAAACCCCCAGAGGACUAUUGACGCAGAAGAAGACUUGGGAAUUGCUGCAGAUCUUUUUGUGGAAAAACCACAAUCAGGAGAAACUGAUGAUGCCCAAAGAAGUUGGCAUUCAUUCAAACUUGGUUGUAUUUUGGAAGAAGCAAUAAGAGACAUUGAUGCCAUCUACAAAGACUUGUCCAAAGUGAAGAUGGAGUAUGUGGCCUUGCAAGGAAUUCGAAGGAAAACAACAACUACUACACUUGCCGCAGCUGCAGCUUCUACCACAUCUAGUGGUGGGGAAAACGCUUCACACUCCCAGCCCCUGCAGGGCAGCAACAUAAUGGUGGGGAAAGACAAUGAGUUCCAGAUUGUAAUGGGGAUGCUAAUUCAGCAUUCAUCAAAGCAACGGGAAAUUGUCUCCAUUAAAGGUAUGGGAGGCAUUGGCAAGACAACAUUAGCUAAACGAGUUUAUGAAGAUUCAUCAACUGUCUUCCAUUUUGACAAGCGAGCAUGGGUUGUUGCAUCACAAUAUCAUGAUAAGUCAGAAAUGCUAACGGAUCUUCUUGAAUCAAUGGGGGAUAGUAUAGAUGGUAGCACUAAAGAGGAUUGGCUAGCACAACGACUAUACCAAAAACUGGUGCAGCGAAGGUACUUUGUAGUGAUAGAUGACAUUUGGAGUGUCGAGGCCUGGGAUUCUGUUAAAGCUUGCUUUCCAGAUAAUGGAAAUGGCAGUCGAGUUUUGUUGACUACUCGCUUUGCAGAGGUGGCUACUAUUAUAGGAUCUAACAAUGACUUUUCGCAUCAAAUGCAAUUGUUAGAAGAAGAUGAGAGUUGGAAUCUAUUUAAUGAAAAGAGAAGCAACUCUCUGCGUUCUGAAGAAUUCGAUAUGAUUGUGCGACCGAUUGUUAAGAAAUGUAGAGGAUUGCCUUUAGCAAUUGUUGUUGCUGCAGGUUUAUUUUCCAAAAUUCAUACCCUAGAUGAGUGGAAGAAUGUCGCAGAAGCUCUAAAUUCAUCUGCAACAACAACAACAACAACAACAAUUGAAGAAGAAUGCUCAAGGAUACUCUCAUCCAGUUACAAUCACUUGCCUCACAGUUCGAAGGCUUGUUUUUUAUAUUUGAGCAUAUUUCCAGAAGAUAAAGAGAUCCGAAUUAAAAAUGUUGUAAAGUUAUGGAUUGCCGAAGGACUUGUAAAGGCAUCUAAGGGUAUGAGCUUUGAUCCGGCGGCUAGAAGGCACAUUCAAGAACUCAAGGAUAGGAACCUAAUUCUUGUAAGUCGGCCAAGUGGUUGUGGAAGAAAGGUAAAGACAUUUAGAAUGCACGAUUUAUUGCAUUCUUUAUGUGUGAGGGAAGCUAAAAAGGAGAAUCUUUUGCAUGUUGUCUAUAAAAGUAGGUUCAAUUUCCCUCAGAAAGAUUUCCGAUGGGUGAGCAUCCAAUCACAAAGGUUAAACGAAGAAAAAUUAUAUUCUUCUUUAAUAAACUGUCGAUCCAUAUUCGUUUUUUCCGGACAGUAUACAUUUUCAAAUUCAAAACUUAGUCCCCUGUCAAGAGUACUCUAUAAUACUGGGGUGUGUGAGAUUGCUUAUCUUGUCCAUUUGAGAUGCGUAUUGUCAUGCCUGGAAGUUACCAUUUCAGAUCCAUUUUGUAAUUGGAAUCUUCAAACACUUUCAGGUAGACGUAUUGAUAAAAUGAGCUUUUUAGAGUUCCCACAACUACAACAUUUGCGUAGUGACUGGGGUCUGAGUGAUUUUCCCAUAUCUUUUCCUGAAAACUUGAAGAGCAUUUGUGGGUUGAUUCCUGACCAAUGCACAAAAGAAGUAUUUACAAAAAUUCCAUACCUAAAGAAGGUAAUGAUUCUAUGUGAAGAUGGUUGGAGUGAUUGCAUUAAUAACAUUGCAUAUUCACACCAGCUCCAGAGUUUGCAUCUUCUUGGUACAUACCUUGGGCCUCCAUUGGUGAUUCCAAAUAUUAACGACCUUGUUUGCUUGAAAAAUCUUAUGAAGUUGAGGUUUUCGUACUUGAGAUUUGAGUGGAAGGCAAUUAAUAUUCUUAGUAAGUUGCCUAAACUUGAGGUUCUAAGGCUAAGCCGUUGUAUGUGCAUUGGUGAGGAGUGGGAACUAUCGGAGGAGGAGAAUUUCAACGAGUUAAUUUAUUUGGAAAUUAAAGCUAGAAAUCUUGAGCGUUGGGAAGCAAGUGAUUGUAAUUUUCCAAAUCUUGAGCGUCUAGUCCUUGAUUGCUGCAAAGAAUUGGAAAAUAUCCCAGAUGAGUUUGCAGAAAUUCCAAAUUUGAAGUCAAUCGAAUUGUAUGGAUGUCUUCAUUCUGCAGUGGAUUCUGCCAAGGAAAUUCAAAGAAAGCAACUUGACCAAGGAAAUGAUAAUAUGGUCGUCAUUGUGGAAAACAUAAAAGAGGUCCAUCUCUCUCCUUUACCCUUUUGCUAUUGCCUUUUUUAUUUCACUCUCAUUAUAGAGUUUCAUCAUAUCCUAAUAUAUAAUUUGGUUUCAAUGACUCAUGACAGCUUAAGUCCAGCUCUGGCAGCUCUGAAGACGAUGAGCUUAGCUCUUGAGCCAUAGUUGAAUAAAAGCAAAAAAGGGCGGACGGAGCAGCAACCACUUUUCGACAUACAGUCUCUUCUGGCAUAGCAGCUUUUUACGACAAGCUUUGGUUUUCCGGCGACAGGUGGUCCUUUUCCGACAGUAGCAGUAGUGGACGGCAGUGGGUGGUAGCUGGCGGUGUGGUUGAGAGUGACCGACGUCGACCUCUCUCUUUUGCCGGCGUCGGUGUGUGUUGAAGAAAAAGAGGAAGCACGAAAGAGAUGAGGCCUACUCUGAGUUCCCCUCCUGCGAGAAAUUUAUCUCUUUUGUCCUUUCCCAUUUAGUUUUUUUUUUUUUUUUUUUUUUUUAAAGAAAAAAAAAUUAAAAAUGCUUACAUGGACGAGAAAUGAGAUCAUAUCAGCUUAUCUC